AUGGUUAGAAUUGCUAUUAACGGUUUCGGUAGAAUCGGUAGAUUAGUCUUCAGAAUUGCUUUAAACAGAAAGGACGUUGAAGUCGUUGCCAUCAACGAUCCAUUCAUUGCUGUUGACUACGCUGCUUACAUGUUCAAGUACGACUCCACCCACGGUCCAUACAAGGGUGCUGUCUCCCACGAUGACAAGCACAUCGUCAUCGAUGGUCACAAGGUCGCUGUCUACCAAGAAAGAGACCCAGCUAACUUACCAUGGGCUGCUAGCAAGAUCGACAUUGUUGUUGACUCCACUGGUGUUUUCAAGGAAUUAGACACUUGUCAAAAGCACAUUGACGCCGGUGCUAAGAAGGUUGUCAUCACUGCUCCAUCCAGUACCGCUCCAAUGUUCGUCGUUGGUGUUAACGAAGACAAAUACGCUGGUCAAAACAUUGUCUCCAACGCUUCUUGUACCACUAACUGUUUAGCUCCAUUAGCUAAGGUUAUCAACGAUGCUUUCGGUAUCGAAGAAGGUUUAAUGACCACUGUCCACUCUUUAACUGCUACCCAAAAGACUGUUGAUGGUCCAUCCCACAAGGACUGGAGAGGUGGUAGAACCGCUUCUGGUAACAUCAUCCCAUCCUCUACUGGUGCUGCCAAGGCUGUCGGUAAGGUCUUACCAGAAUUACAAGGUAAGUUAACCGGUAUGGCUUUCAGAGUCCCAACCGUCGAUGUUUCCGUUGUCGAUUUAACUGUUAAGUUAGCUAAGGAAACUACUUACGAUGAAAUCAAGAAGGUCGUCAAGGCUGCUUCUGAAGGUAAGUUAAAGGGUGUCUUAGGUUACACUGAAGAUGCUGUUGUCUCUUCUGACUUCAUCUCUGACCCAAGAUCUUCUAUCUUCGACGCUUCCGCUGGUAUUCAAUUAUCUCCAAAGUUCGUCAAAUUAGUCUCUUGGUACGAUAACGAAUACGGUUACUCCACCAGAGUUGUUGACUUAGUCGAACACGUCGCCAGAGCUUAA